CACGGCGGUAAUAGGUUUCAACAUUUACGUCAUCGGUGGUUACGAAGGCGAGAAAGCCUUAAGCUCAUGUCACAGCUUCAACGCUGUUACGAAGACGUGGCUCGAGUUGGCGCCUAUGCAUAAAUGCAGAGCCUGCUUAAAUGUGGCAGUUCUGGGAGAGAUGGUGUACGCCAUGGGUGGGUAUGUUCAUUAUGAGGGACAGGAAACGGCGGAAAGAUAUGACCGCAAGACGAACGAGUGGUCGUGGAUCGCUCCUAUGAACUCGCAGCGGUGGAACGCAAGUGCAGCUGUGCUAAAUGACAAAAUAUACGUCGCUGGUGGAUGUGCAACGUGGUGGGCUAUUUUAGACUCGGUGGAAAUGUAUGACCCAGUCACCAACCAAUGGACGCUUGUUGCGAAAUUGCGUUCUGCACGUCAAGGUCAUUGUUGUGUCGUCUUCCACGGCAGUCUGUACGUCCUAGGUAAGAAUUCUGAAUAUCCUGAGUGA